CAAACUUCCCUCCAUACUCGCAACCACCCCCAAAAAUUCAAAUCAAACCUCAGAAUUAAAGGGUUAGAUUUGCAAUUAAUCAAUUAUAACAUCGCCAUUGAAGAUUGAACAGAGCUUCCUUCUUCUUCCCUUCCCCCAACCUUAUCGGAGCUCAGAAUGCAAUUAGAGGAAGUAGUGAAGAAGCUGGCUCUCUGGCACACGCCGACCUUCAGACCGAUCAUGAGCCACGACGACCUCGAGCCCAUCUUGUGCUCCGUUGGAUUCAUCUCACUGCCCGCAGAUCCCCCUUCCGACUCACCAUCAUCGACAUCCCUGCAACAACAGCAGUCGUCCCCAAUCGCCGCCCCGUCGCCGGAUGUGCGGUGGAAAGAGUACGAUUUUCCGUCGGCGGCGGCGUCUGCCGCGGCCGUUUCCGGUGGUUUCCCUCCCCGGCCGAGGCUUCCGUUUCCAAUGAUCUAUGGGCUACACCUCAUCGCCUACGCGGCUUUUCUCAGAACCCUAGAAUGCUACAUUGGUCCAACGGAUGUUUACAAUCUGUUCCAUGUGAGAGCCAUGGCGUGCUGUCCCCUGCUUGAUGAAGACUUCGAGAAGAACUACAGACCCAUGAAGAACUUCGGCAUCGACGACGGCCGACUGUAUGCGUAUCGCAAAGGCACCAUUUUUAACUACAUGUUCGAACAGAUUACAGCUCUGGAUAGCAGUGAUGAAAGCGAGGAGGAAGAUGACAGAAAUCACAGCAACAAUGGCGCCGAUCAAAUCAUUAUGGUUUCGCUGGACGACAUUCUGCCAGAGAGGAAUGAGCAGAAGUAGAAGAUGACUCCAUUCCUUUUUACAUACAGACCCCCCAAAAUAUUGGUAUUUGCAUGACAAGCAUCCAGAGUGAAAUAGAAAUAGAUGGGUUGGGGUUUUACUGUGAAUUUUGGUGUUUGAAUUUGCAGAAGGAUAAAAGGGGGAGGUAGAUUUGUAAAUAGCAAGUUUUGGGUGGUCUUUUUGCCCAUUUUUUUCAUGAAUUGAUUUUUCAUUUUUUUACUCAUUGUUUGGAAA